CAGUCAUCAGGAUUUUAUUGCCCGAGCAGUAAUUAUAGUUGUAGUCUCUCUCUCAAGAAGCUUCUUGGUUCCAGAGUCUUGAGGACGUCCACAGCCAGAAGUUUCAGUGUACCGCGAAGAAUGGGAUUUAUGGCAAUGUACGGAGUCCUGCUCUCUAUAAUGCUGUGGGCAAGCGUGCAGUGCGGCAAAGACGACAAGCUGUACUUUAUUGAGAUAUCUUUUCCUCCGAUGCUCGGCAGAAAUGAAGCAGAUGAUAUAUACGCCAUGAAGCAACUCCUCUACAAUACCCCUGGAGUGAAGUCCACAUAUGCACUCAAGGAACUUGGUAACCCCAUCGUAGUUGCUGUUGUGGAGAUAGAGAACGACAGUAUAUGGGCUUCUGUAACUCGCGUCCUGGCUUUGAGAGGUGACAAGUACUCCGCCAUUCCUCUCUACCGCUGUGAAGACUUCGCAAGAGCCAUGAAUGUGACACUCAACCCACAGACACAGGAGUUUGAUAAUGUGACCCUUUAUCUGGCAGAUCUAGUCUUCUAUGCGGAAGGUUAUACUACAGCUGAAUACACGGACAUCCUGAAGAGUCAUCUCCAGACCACCAGCAACUUGUUGCGAGACGGCACAAUGAUGCACUGCUACAGAGACAUGGGCGACGUUCCUAUCAGGAUGUUUCACUUCACAGAAGCCAACCCUUCUGACAAUGAUCGGUUGCAACAGAUAACAAAGACUUCAGAGAGGUUCCACCUGGACGUUCGCUCAUACCAACACCUGUACCUCUACCCAAGCGGCUGGCUAGCGAUCUAACCACCAUCAUGCUCCUCCUUGACUUCAGUACAACAGAAACUACGCUGCACUAGUCUCCUUAGUUGUUUUGCAUAUCAGAGUUCUACAGGAUCAGCUUCAUUCGUCACUUCUCGCCCCUUUCCAUAAAUAAUAACAAAUAAUAAUUUAUAAAGCGCCAGUUUCAAAACGCUUGUGCAUGCUCAAAGCGCUAACACAUUAUUACCCCGGAUAACCCAAGCUGCCUGUUAGGCGCUAGAAGAUUAUGGUCACAUGACUUAACCCACCCAUUUUCUGCUGGGUGAACAUAAGGAACCAUUAUUCGACUUGUCCUGGAAUAACACGAGUGGGUCACGAAUGGACUAGCUCCAAUUAUUAACAAUCACUAUUCAUAACUUUUAAGAAAGCUAGGAAAAUAUGGUCUGCUGCUAAAAAUAUCAAUUAGGAGAACCAAAUAAAUAUAUUUGAAGGCUCCUAGCGUACAAUGUUUGGUGUUAUAUGACACGAAUUUAUCUUUCUGUGUUUUAUUAUCUUGUGCAAAUGACGUAAAAUACAAUUUUCAAAUUGCAUCAAGGCUAGUUAUACAGCGGCUGUCAUGUAUAACCGAAACGAGGAUAGCACCACUAUCUAGAUGCAGUCCUGGGCUUCAACAAAGACUUGCGGUAUCUUCUGACUGUCUGACAAAUGUUGGAAGUCGCAUACAGCAUGUGGAUGCCAUGAAAACCUUUUGUAUCGUUGACCUAGCUCGCAUAAAUCUUUGUCCUUUGCACUUUACUCUUAAAUAUUUGAGCCACAAUACAAAAUGCUUUGAACACUUAA